UUCAAUUUAUAACUGCAGUUUGAUGCUGGUAAUAGAAGCAGUUGAAGAAACUUAUUGAUAAAUGAAUCUUUUCAAGAAGCUUUUGCCCACCAAACAUGAGAUUAUUGGUGCCCAAAAGUAUUGCAAAGCAUCUUUCUCUGCAUUUCUGCACUCAGCCCCAGAUCACUCCGUUGAAGUUCAUUCUCCGGAACAGGAAGUGGUGAUUGCUUUAGGAAGCAAUGUUGGUGAUAGACUUGAUAAUUUCAAUCAAGCCUUGCAGUUGAUGAGGAAAUCGGGUAUCGAUAUCAUAAGAUAUGGUUGUUUAUACGAGACAGCACCUGCUUACGUCACUGAUCAGCCUCGAUUUCUAAACUCUGCAGUUAGAGCUGUUACAAAGCUAGGUCCUCAUGAACUUUUGGGUAUUCUUAAGACAAUUGAGCGGAACAUGGGUCGUACCGGUGGAAUAAGGUAUGGUCCGAGGCCAAUUGAUCUAGACAUCUUGUUUUAUGGAAAGUACCGAAUUGGUUCUGAUAUACUUACAGUCCCCCAUGAGAGAAUUUGGGAGCGACCAUUUGUAAUGGCUCCAUUAGUGGAUUUACUAGGAUCGGUUAUCGACAGUGAUACUGUUGCUUGCUGGAAUUCUUUUUCAAUAGAUUCAGAUGGACUAUUUGGUUUAUGGGAGAAAUUGGGUGGUGAAUCCCUCAUUGGAAAGGAAGGGAUGAAGAGGGUUUUACCGAUUAGGAAUCACUUGUGGGAUUGGUCGGAGAAAACCUCUGUCAUGGGUGUUCUCAAUCUGACUCCAGAUAGUUUUAGCGAUGGUGGAAAGUUUGUAUCGGUGGAGACUGCAGUUUCUCAUGUUUGUUCAAUGAUUUCAGAAGGAGCAGAUAUAGUAGAUAUUGGAGCACAGUCUACCCGACCAAUGGCCUCUAGGAUAUCCGUGGAAGAAGAAUUAGAUAGGUUAAUCCCUGUCUUAGAAGCUGUUCUUGGAAUGCCUGAGAUGGAGGGGAAGCUCGUAUCCGUGGAUACUUUCUAUUCGGAUGUUGCUGCAGAGGCAGUAAAUAAAGGAGCUCAUAUUAUAAAUGAUGUAUCUGCCGGGCAGUUAGAUACUAACAUGCAUAAGAUGGUUGCUAACCUUAAUGUUCCUUAUAUCAUGAUGCACAUGAGGGGAGACCCUACUACGAUGCAGAAUAAUGAGAACCUGCAAUACAGUGAUGUUCGUUCUCAGGUUGCCUCUGAGUUGUUGUCGAGAGUUAGGGAUGCAGAGUUAUCCGGAGUUCCGGCUUGGAGGAUUAUUCUCGACCCCGGAAUCGGAUUUUCCAAGAAUACUGAACAUAAUUUGGACAUCCUCAGAGGCUUACCAGUCAUUCGUUCGGAGAUUGCUAUGCAAAGUUUGGCAGCCUCUCAUGCUCCUUUACUUAUCGGACCAUCAAGAAAACGUUUUUUAGGUGAAAUUUGUGACCGCCCGGAUGCAGUCGAAAGAGAUCCUGCAACCAUUUCUUGUGUCACAGCUGGGAUUUUAGGAGGGGCAAACAUUGUUAGGGUGCACAAUAUUAAAGACAAUGUGGAUGCUGUGAAAGUUUGUGAUGCAAUGCUGAAAGAGAGAUCUCCUUUAUAAACCAGUCUUGAACUUCAGAAC